GUAGAUAAAUUACAACCAUACUUGUAGGUCUAAAACAUCACAUACUCAAAGUGAACAUUAACCUAUAUCAGAGUUAUUUAUAAUCAGACAUGGGAUUCACAACCAGUUUUGUGGUAUUUGCUGUAACCUGCCUAUACACUGGUACCACAGGAUACUCCCAGCAGUCACUGUCAGAGUUAGGGUUCCGUCGUCAAAGUGUCGGCCAAAUAUGCAACUCUUUUCGACAAUUAAAACAAAUGCUACAGAGAGUAAUCCUUCCCCAAGUUGACAUCUUUGUUGCUAGACUUUUCGAACAAAGCCCAAUAACAAGGGAAAUUCUACACACUGAAUCUCAGGAGGUCUGCAGAAAUGUUGCUGUUGCUGCUUCAACUCUGACACAAAACAUCCCAGCUACAACAUGUUUCAACAAUUUAGAAAUGAUGGACUCGCUGAACGUGUACGGUGGUUUAUGUACAAGGGAUGGGAAUAUGACAGCCUUCUUUACCAACUUAACAUCCAACUUAGAGCCAGUGGUGAUGUCGUCCUGGACAGGGGCUUGUAUGGAGAAUCUGAUCGACAUAAUCCUCACGUGUCCAUUUCUCGUAGUAAGCAGGGACAAGGAUUUGGAGGAAGGAUCAGAAAUGUACAGAAGGCUGAUGCAAGUCAGUAUCCAGUGUGUCUUCCAAGGUAUAGAUGCCAAUGAUAUGUCUAUGUGUGGGGAUCAACAAAGCCUGAAAAAAGUCUUCCUUGUCAUUGAACUUCUUCUGGACUUAGCACCUGGUGUUGACUUUACUAUGACUGAUUUUGGACUUUGAAUGAUUACGUAAUGUCUGUUAAAAACACAACAUCACUCUGGAGCAUGUUCAUAUUAUUUAGUUUUGUGGUGAAGAUGGACUUGGCAAAUUAUUUCAAUUUUUGAACAUAAUGAUUUUUGUUUUGUUUCUUGUUUACAUACGAAUAAGGGAAACAAAACUUCCAGGGCUGUUAUAGAGUAUUUCCUAAGGCUACCAUGUAAGCCUGCACAAUUACAUUUUCAUUAUCUCAACAAGGGUGAAAUAUCUAUAACUGUAAAAAAAAAUUAAUGAAACUGUUUUUUAUGUAUGUCUUAAAACCUUAAUAAACUUUACUAUUU